CGGAGCGGCCUGGGCCCUGCGGAGCCCGGCAGAGCCCGGCAGGCCGUCGUAGUCCGCUGGGAGCUGCACCGGGACCCCUGGAGGGCGGCGCGCACCUGAGUGCACGGCAAGGCGCAAGAGGCUGCCAUGGCCUCGCGGCUCCUGCACCGGCUGCGGCACGCCCUGGCCGGCGACGGCCCGGGGGAGGCGGCGGCCGGCCCCGAGGCCGAGCAGUUCCCGGAGAGCUCGGAGCUGGAGGACGACGACGCCGAGGGCCUGUCCUCCCGGCUCAGCGGCACUCUCAGCUUCACCAGCGCCGAGGAAGAUGAGGAGGACGAGGAGGAAGACGAGGAGGGCGGCCCCGACCCGCUGCCCGCCGGGGACGGGGCGUCGGGAGAAGACGCAGAACGGAGCCCCCCACCUGAUGCGCAGCGGGGCAGUCAGCUCCUGGCACGGCAGUUGCAGGAUUUCUGGAAGAAGUCCCGGAACACCCUGGUACCCCAGCGGCUGCUCUUCGAGGUGACCAGUGCCACCGUGGUCAAGGACCCACCCUCCAAGUACGUGCUCUACACCCUCGCCGUGAUGGGUCCAGGGCCACCAGAUCGCCAGCCAGCCCAGAUCUCUCGCCGCUACUCGGACUUUGAGCGGUUGCACCGAAACCUACAGCGGCAGUUCCGGGGCCCCAUGGCUGCCAUCUCCUUCCCCCGUAAGCGCCUGCGCCGGAAUUUCACUGCAGAGACCAUUGCCCGCCGCAGCCGGGCCUUCGAGCAGUUUUUGGGCCACCUGCAGGCAGUGCCCGAACUGCGCCAUGCCCUGGACCUGCAAGACUUCUUCGUGCUGCCCGAGCUGCGGCGGGCACAGAGUCUCACCUGCACUGGCCUCUAUCGUGAGGCUCUGGCGCUCUGGGCCAAUGCCUGGCAACUGCAGGCCCAGCUGGGCAUCCCCUCUGGCCCAGACCGCCCUCUGCUGACCCUGGCUGGGCUGGCUGUGUGCCACCAGGAGUUGGAGGACCCUGGGGAGGCCCGGGCAUGCUGUGAGAGGGCCCUACAUCUACUGGGAGACAAGAGCCUCCACACUUUGUUGGCACCCUUUCUAGAAGCCCAUGUUCGGCUCUCCUGGCGCCUGGGCCUGGACAAACGCCAGUCGGAGUCCCGGCUCCACGCCCUCCAGGAGGCAGGCCUGACCCCCACUCCACCCCCUAGUCUCAAAGAAUUGCUUAUCAAGGAGAUACUGGACUAACCUUGCCUAGACUUAAGGCCACUGGGGGAAGAGGCACUGCCCUAGGGUGUGUGUGCGUGGGGCGGAGUGCUGAUGAGGACAUGGACAGCAGUUGGGAGGCUGUAGGGGGUGCUGGAAACCCCUAGAAGUUCCACAAAGAAUUUGUAGCAGACCAAGGAAACAUGGUUCUUCUGUUGAGCUGGACUCAGGACAAGCUUUGGCUGCGAUGCUCGGGAUGGGGCAGGAAGUCUGAUGCAGAUGCUCCAGCUUAUGAACAGCUAGGGGCUGUGCCCCAGGUCAGGGUCACUGGUCCCUUUUCCGUGGGUCUCCAAGCCAGCAAGCCAGCCUGGCUGAAGGGCCAGGGACUCUGCCUCUGAAGUCCUAGAGUCGAUGGCUAGAGGGAGGGCUGCAGUUCUGGC